GAAGGCAGCACUCCUUAGGCCACAGACAUCGAGCGCUUCAGGAGUUGUUGAAGCUCGGUACUGCGACAGCAGUGUGUCCUGAGAGUAUGGAGAGUCCAGCAGACGCAGCAGCAGCAGCAGCAGCAGAAAAUCCCUUCUCCCAGGUGGUCUUCAACGACAUCCCUCAGUCCUAUCCACCUUCAACCCCCAUCACCUGUCGCUUUACCCUCAAUGCAGCCUUCCAGCCCCAAUCUAGAGACUGGGUGGGCAUUUUUAAGGUGGGAUGGAGCACAGCAAAGGAUUAUCAUACGUUUGUGUGGGUGGAGUCAAAUCAGAAUAUGGAAGGACAAGAGGCAGUGACGAGGCAAGCUGUUUUUAAGGAAUAUUACCUGCCAAAGGAUGAGAUGGAGUUCUACCAGUUCUGCUACACUGACAGCAAGGGCCAAGUGCGAGGGGCCAGCACUCCUUUCUGUUUCAAAACUCCAGAGGGGCAAAGCAUGGACAGCAGCCAAGAUGAUGACCUCAUGGUUAUUACAACACAGGAGCAGGUGGAACAGAGCAUGCAUGAGAAAGCUGAGCUGCAGAAUGAGUUGGAUCAAAAAAGAGAGGAAAAUGCAGCCUUAAAAACUGACUUACAGAAGAAAGAGCAAGAGGCUGACAUCUUAAAAGGUCAGAGUGAACAGAAAGAGAAAGAAAACAGUUGCCUGGUCAAAGAGCUAGAUGAAAUCAAGGAGCUAAACAGAAACCUACAGAGCACUUUAGAGCAACAACUCCAGGAAAUGGAAAGCGUCAAGGAGGAGCUGCUGGUCCAGACCAAGCAGGCAGAGAUUCAGGAGCAAAAUGCUGCAGAGCAGAAUAAGCUGAUCUCAAGCUAUGAUGAAGCAUCAAGGAGAAGUCAGAAACACACUCAGGAGAAAUACGAUCAAGCUGUGCUAAAGAUCAACCAGCUGAAAGACGAGCGCCAGGAGUUGCGGGACAAGAUUGAUGUUCAAAGUGAGGAGAUGAGCCAGCUCAGGAGCAAAUUCAGAGAAAGAGAACGAGAACUGCUCAAAGCAAAAGACAGCAACCAGCUCCUACAGGUGGAUCUUCGGAGUAGUGAGAGAGACAAUGAGAGGCUCACUGCAGAGCUGCAGAGGCUUCAGGGCAUUGCACACAACAUAGAAGACAUGAAGAGGGCGAACCAGGAGUUGAGCAGGGAGCUGGUGCAGCUGGGGACACGGCAGGAUUCUCCACAGGAUGAUCUAAGAGUGCAGUGUCAGACUCUUGUCAACCAGCUACACGACACUCAAGAGAAACUGGCGGCUGAGAAGGGAGAGACCAGAAAAGCCAAGGCACGAAUGGAGUGUCUGGAGCAAGAGCUGAUGCAAGCCAGGAAGCAGCUGGAUACUGUGUUGAUGACAUGUGAUCAGGAACAACGGAAAAGUAGCAAACUUGAGCUGCAGCUCAGAGAUGCACUUGAAGCGAUUACGGAUAAAGAUGGCCUCAUAGAAGAGAAGGAACACCUGAUGAGGCUCGUGAAACAUGAGAAUGAAGAGCUCAUCAUUGAAAACCAGAAUCUGAGAAGCGAUAUCGAAGGCCUGCGCAGUGUUUACUCUGAUCUGCAUGCAGCACAGGCUGCCGACUCACUACAAGUGCAGCCGGACACCAACCCACCUGGUAGAGACACUUCAGCCAGCCAUGAGCAGCAGCAGCAGCAGGAGACACCUGACCAGCUUGACAGCCUGUAUGAAAACAUAGAGAACCUUGCAGAAGCAGCAGAAGAGACGUUGGUGUGUUGUCACUGCAGGGAGCGAUUCCCUGGCAUAACCCAAGACGAACUGGAGCAGCACGAGCAGAGUCACAGAGUGUGUCCCUUCUGCACCAUGAUCUGUGACAACAUGGAGCAGUCUGUGUUUGAAGAUCAUGUUUACAGCCACGAGCUGUGAGAUCUGCACCUGGGCCACACAUGUGGUCCAACAAAUAUGAUGUUUUGACUAGUUGGGUGAUCAUAUGUUCCAACAGUUUUACACAUUAGUCUAAUCGUCAAGGGGAGAAAAUCCUGGGAAACAGUUAUUCAUUUGUUUUGAUGCUCUGGAGCAGUUUUAUUGAAGUGCAUCUGGAAGAUGACAGAUUCAGUCCAGAAUGUGUGGCUUACACAUGGAGGUGUGACGUUCGAUGAAGGCCUAUACAAUAAGAUUAUGGUGUACUGAUUUUAAAUUAACCUGUGUCAGUAACUUAUGUGGGAAUUUUCAAGAUCUGUGCCUUCAUUUUCAGCAUUUUUUUUUUCUUUUUAAAUCUUAAGUGCCAUACAAUGUUCAGUUUCCCAAAGGAUACUACUCUACCUGCCAGUUAUGUCGUCCAUAAGUGUGCAUUACAUUCAGUAACCAGUGGUUAAUUAUCACACUGCACCUUACCCUCUAUAGAGUUGUUACCAAACAAGGUAAUGUUGCUCAACAUGAGGAGACUAAUUAUUGACUUAUUGGCAAUUGUUGACUAAUUGUCUUUUAAAAUUUUUCUAAUUACAUAAACCUCUGGAAAGAAAUCCACUGUAUAUAUCUUAAACCGGUGGUAUAUUUUUAGUAUUGCACUAGUAAAAGGCUGCUUGGGAGGAAGAAAAGCUUAAUACCUAAAAAUAAACCGUAAAGAAUAAUCAUGAGGUGAUUCAAUGAUCAGAAUAGUUAAAAAAGGGUCUUUAUAUUUAAAAUAAAGCAUAGCACAUGAUAUAUUAACCACAAUUAUUAAUUUACAGCAAAGCUUUGCACUUGAGAUCUCUCAGCGGUAAUUAUUAUCCACUGAUUAGAUCUAUUAUUCUAUCUCUGUCCAUUUGUAUGUGAUCGGAUGAGUUGUUAUUGUUGUCGUGGAAGACACCGAGUUGUCUAACAAGUGGACUUUUGUCAGUAAUCAUAACAAUGGUUGGUAUAAUAAAAAUAAGUUCAACUAA